UUCAAUGUCAAUCCAGUGGCAAUUGCACAGGUUGUCAGCUACAACAUGAACAUAGAAGGACAGUGGGAAAGGCCACCCUGGAGGCAUUUCUCCCACAGCCACUACAACCCCCUCAAUGUCACAGUGAACGGGAUCCCCUGCAUCCUCUUCUGGGCCAAGAGGAUCAUGAUCAAGUUUGAAAACCACACACAGCUGGACUUGACAGAGAAGACAUUUGGUGUCCAUGCCACGGUGGAUGUUGGAGAUUCCAACUGCAGUGAAGACAGUGCCAUGCUUUCUCUGAAGUUUGGGGAUAUUGGCAGCCUAAAGGGACUUGUUAUCAGGCUCUUGUUAACAACCAGCUAUUACCACCUGUCUGUUCAGAACUGGUUCAGCCUGCACAGGCUGCAGCUUCUCUACAACCACUCAGUGCAAGCAACCUUCAAUGCCACCAGGAUCCACGCGCCAGCAAGUUACUCCUACCACUGCAAGCACGUGAGCAGCCUGCAGAGAUAUGAUGCGUUGCUCAUACCCAGCUCUGCAAAUGACCUCUCAGAGCUUUGGGAAGUCACUUUUAUUGAUUUCCAG